GCACUCAACGGCCACUGAAAAUAACCUACAUCUUCUUCGACAGCAAUGGAACUGAAAGAAACUGCCAGAGAUGGCAACCAAAAUAACAGAGACCACAAAGAUCAAAGAAGAAGAAAUAAUGGCACCAAGCAAGAAGGUCCCAAAAGAGAAGCCAUUUUGGACCUUAACAAGUACAAAGACACCCAGAUAAAGGUGGAGUUUAUUGGAGGAAGACAAAUAGUGGGAGUUUUGAAGGGAUUUGACCAGUUGAUGAAUUUGGUAUUGGAAUCGGUGGAGGAGACGUUAAGAGACCCGGAAGACCCCAAUGUGUUGACAAAGGACACCAGAAGCCUUGGCCGGGUGGUGGUCAGAGGCCCAUCUUUAUUGACGAUUUCUCCCUUGGAUGGCAGUGAGGUUAUUGACAACCCGUUUGUUGCUGCCGAAGUCCAGGCGUAGGGGGACACUGGGAUUCACAAAAUCUGCACUAUUUAGUGAUGUAUAUUACUCUUAAUAUAAAAUACUCACAGAGAUUCAGGGCAGCAGCCACAGUGCAACAGCCGUAGUACCGAUGGUCAGCAGCCAUAGAACUACUACCUCUGUAUCACCAACAAUUGCGCUCCCUAUAAGUUUCCCAUAUUGUUCUCGGACUUAUGAUCCUCUAUCUCGAUCCUCUAUCUCCUCAUCGCUCACUUUUCUCACGAAAAACAAGCCCACCCAAUGCUGACUUCCACCAACUACAGCAAAAAUGUCAUCCUUCUCCCGCAAACCAACCAGUUGAUUGGCUUGUAUUCCAUCAUCAGAGACCAGAGCACCCGAAGAGGCGACUUUGUGUUUUACUCCGACAGAAUCAUAAGACUUUUGGUCGAAGAGGGCUUGAACCAAUUGCCAGUUCAGAAGACCAUUAUCAAAUGCCAUGGAAACCACGAAUAUGAAGGGGCCAAGUUUUUGGGCAAGAUCUGUGGAGUGUCGAUUGUCAGGGCAGGAGAAUCCAUGGAAAUGGGAUUGAGAGACUGCUGUCGGUCGGUGAGAAUUGGAAAGAUCUUGAUCCAAAGAGAUGAGGAAACUGCGUUGCCCAAGUUGUUUUAUGAGAAACUCCCAGAGGAUAUCAGUGAGCGGUACGUGUUCUUGUUGGACCCCAUGUUGGCGACCGGAGGAAGUGCUAUGAUGGCCGUACAGGUGUUAUUGGCCAGGGGGGUACAAGCUGACAGAAUUUUCUUCUUGAACUUGUUGGCAGCUCCCGAGGGGAUUCAGACCUUUCAAAACAAGUACCCCGAAGUCAAGAUCAUCACCGGUGGAAUUGACCAGAAGUUGAACGAUGACAAGUUCAUUGUGCCUGGGUUGGGUGACUUUGGUGAUAGAUACUACGGGAUCUAACUGAUUGUCAGUAGCAUAGCCUUAAUUAUCAGCAUGCGUAUAAUACUUGAAUAAUGUGAACACUUGCCAGUCGUUAGUAAACGCUCCCUUAGCAUCCUAUAUACACUUUCUGUGCACAAUAUCAGGGUCUUCCUGGUACUCUUGCGACGUGACCCACAUUCUCUUAAACGUCGAGAGACCCGCCAAAAUGCUACCUCCCACCCACGUAGAGUACUUUCUCUCUGGAGGAGCGUAUAUCUUCACCUUCAUCUUCGUGUCGUAUUGGUCGUUCCGGGUAGUGCUCCACACCGGGGUCCCUGUCAUGUGCUGGCCUUGUUGGUGCUUGAGAUCACUGAGAAGCCUAUCACCAAAUCCUCGCAAUAAGGUAUUACCCCCCGAAAGAAUAAUGCUACUGUAAAGGGUGGGCCGGAGAUCAAGAUCGACUUUGGACAACGACAAUGCCGUCAACUGCGAGAUUCCUGGCGACUCGUCUCCCACCAAUUGCGGGUUGAAGAGGAUUUCGGUGGACCUGAAUCGCUCGCUUCCUAGCUGCAAAAUAUGUCCAUCAGGUAACUUGAAGUGGGACACCAACUCGGACUCCAGCUCCGGCCGUGCCGCCAGGAGGUAAUGGCUAUAGGCGGCCGAGGAGUACACCUUUUCGUCCUUGGACGGAUCAUUCGAUACAAAACAGUAUUUCUCCUUAAUGGUCCGCACGAGCUCAAACUCAGAACUGCUUUUGAAUGAAACUCCGGACAUUCUUCGUAUAUGGUACACCAACUGCUCCGUCACAUCACGCCCCGCGAUAUCCAUUCUUUUGAUACACGUCGGCAAUCCAAAGCCUUCGUACGAUGGUACUAUAUGGGUGACUCCGUCUCCACUGUCUAUCACCACUCCCGUGGUUCGUCCGGAUGCGUAUAACGACAACGUC